AUGGCCACACUUGGGAGUCUUGCUCAAUUGGACUACCUCAACACAUCUGGCACCAGCCUCACUUGUCCUGCUGCUGACAGCACCACCUGCGCCCAAACCUUAUUGCCAAAGGCGGCCUUCUGCCAAGAUUGUGGCACCACCUGUUCUGCAUGCCAGCAAGAAACAGGGGCCAGCCUGGCAGCCUCGCACUGCACUGAGUUCUCGCUAGCGGAGGUCCUCAAGGCCACCAACGACUGCUUUGGUGUGCUCAUGCUUGUGGUGCUCACUGGACGGUCUUUACUUUCCCAGGAUGCUGGGGAGGCCAAGCACAUUGUGGUGUGGGUAUCCGAGUGCCUGUCGUCGGGUGGUUCAGAGAGCCUCAAGCACCCCACCAUGGACGCCCCUGGGGAUGUUGUGCAGUACUUGGCUGAGCUUGCAGUGAGCUGCACCGUGGAGCGCACUGCAAGCCGCCCAAGCAUGGCGCACAUUGUCACCCAGCUGCAGGCUGUCAGGGAGGAGGUGGCGGGGAAAGAGGAAUCUGGCGCUGCCAUCAAGGUGGAUGCGCAGGUCCAGGAGAUGAAGGAUAGUGUUGCGGGUGAGGACAGCCUGGAGGCACAACUUCAAAUGAUUGCGGAUAGGGGCAGCUUCAUCACCGAACACCCAGUCUAG